AUGUCAACGGCCAGCUUCCGCUUCCGCCGCCGCCUCCCCCGCCCGCCGCGGCCAUCGCUGGAUGACGACGACCUGCUCUCCGAGAUCCUCCUGCGCCUCCCCCCGCGGCCGUCCUCCCUCCCGCGCGCCUCCCUCGUCUGCAGGCGCUGGCACAGCCUCGUCUCCCACCCCGCCUUCCGCCGCCGCUUCCGCGUCCACCACCGCCGCGGCAGCCCUCCCCUCCUCGGCUUCUUCGACGACCACCACAGGAACACCUUCCAGCCGGCGCUGGGCGCCCCCGACCGCCUCCCCCGCGGCCUCUUCUCCCUGGAGCUCGACGGCAGCUACACGACCCUCGGAUGGCGCCACGGCCUCGCGCUCUUCUUCUUCCCGGUCUCGCUCCAGGUCCUCGUCUGGGACCCCGUCGCCGGCGGCCAGCAUCGCCUGCCCGUCCCCCCGGAGUUCCGCCUGGACCUGGUGGUGGGCAGCGGGGCGGUGCUUUGCGCUGCCACUGCCAGAGACGCCGGCGACCACUUCCAGCCAGGUGGUCCUCGUAGUCGUAGGCAGUGA